AUGCUUGACGGAAUAGACGGGCGCUGUAUCAACGCCAUCCGCUGUCUUUCUGUGGACCAGGUCAAUGCCGCAAAUUCUGGGCACCCAGGGACGCCUAUUGGGUUUGCCCCGGCCGCAUAUAUCCUAUUCAAGGAGUUUCUCCAAUUCGAUCCCAGCGACCCUCUCUGGAUCAACAGGGACCGCUUUGUAUUGUCAAAUGGGCACGCGUCUCCAUUAAUUUACUCCCUUCUACAUCUAUUUGGGUAUAACCUUUCUAUGGAUGAUCUUCGUCACUUCCGCCAGCUUGGCAGUCACACACCUGGUCAUCCUGAGAGAGACAUCUCUCGUGGGAUUGAGAUAACGACGGGUGCUCUUGGCCAAGGCAUCGGGAGCGCCGUUGGCAUGGCUUUGGCCUCCAAGUGCGCUGCUGCGCAAUAUCCGGGCGUCUUCACCAAUAAGGUUAUUUGCGUCGUUGGCGAUGGUUGUCUUCAAGAGGGCGUCAGUGCGGAAGCAUCCAGCCUUGCAGGGCGCCUGCAGCUUAAUAAUUUGAUCGUUCUUUAUGAUGAUAAUGGAAUCACGAUAGACGGUAAAACUGCGAUCAGCUUCACGGAAGACGUGGCACGCCGCUACCAAGCAUACGGGUGGCAAGUUCUUGAGGUGAAGAAUGGAAACACUGGUUUGGAGGAGCUCAGAAGUGUCAUUGGCAAGGCAUACACGAGUCUCCUGAGUUGUCCGACCCUGGUCAUCAUCAAGACAACUAUAGGGUAUGGAACCGCCAAGCAGGGUACCGCUGCUGUCCACGGAGCUCCGCUGGGAGAGAGCACCCGUCAGUUCAAGGAGCUUAUCGGUGUCAACCCGGACUUGGAGUUCCAUGUCUCUGACGAAGUUCGCAAUAACUUUGAGUCCAUCAUAGCAAAGAAAAAGGCUGCACACGCUAAGUGGACCAAAAAUGUUUUUGAGCGCCUUGCUCCAGAUGUACGCGUCACCAUUGAACGCCGCUUCAAGGGCCUUGAGCACCGCACUCUUAGUGAGCUGUUUGCGAAGGCAGAUCAUGAAUAUGAAAAGCUCGUUGCAGCAAACGUGGGGAAGCGCUUGGCUUCUCGUCAGAUGAGCCAACAAAUUCUGGACCUCCUCGCUACCCAUGUGCUUGGAGACUCGAUGCUUAUUGGCAGUGCGGAUCUUGCUUCCUCGAACCUCACAAAGGUUAGCGCAUUUACAGCGGUCGCUGAUGGCUUCACUAAGGGCAGCAAUUAUGUCAAUUAUGGUGUUCGCGAGCACGCGAUGGCAGCGAUAUCGAAUGGUAUUGGUGCGCACGGUGGGUUUGUCUCCUUCGAUGCAACCUUCCUGAUGUUCUUUAGCUACUGCUGUGCAGGAAUUCGUAACGGAGCACUUAGCGAAGUCCCUGCCAUUCAUGUUUUUACCCACGACAGCUUCUUCCUUGGUGAAGACGGAGGUACGCACCACCCCAUAGAAACUGUUGCUUGGAUCCGCUCUAUGCCACGAGUGAUAGAUUGGCGCCCUUGCAGCCUGGCUGAGGUUUAUGGUGUGUACAUGACAGCUCUGGCAGAUGAUGUGAAGAUCACCAUACACGGCAAUGGAACGGGUCUCCAAGCAAAGGACCCCCACACGUACCCCAUGUCCAAGCUUCAGCAUAUCGUAUGCCUAUCCCGUCAGGCUCUUGACGACGUACCUAAUUCAUCUGCUCGUGCAGUGUUGAAAGGUGCCUAUUCGGUUCAUGAAACUGGCGGUCUCGGUGCCUUUACAACAAACAUAACAGAUGGAAAGCAUCUCAUUCUUUUGUCAUCCGGGUCUGAGGUGGGUUUGUGUCUUAAAGCGACUGAUGCCCUUGUCAAGCAGAUCCCAGAAGCUUCUGUGCGUGUCGUCUCCAUGCCAUCCUACACGAUAUUCAACUCCCAGCCCUUCUCUGAACAGAAUGCCGUUCUCCCAUGCCUUACAACCCCUGGUAUUCCGUGUCUGAGUGUAGAGCCAUAUACCUCUUUCGGAAUUGCGGGCAAAUAUGCACAUAAGUCUGUCUCGAUAGAGGACUUUUCAUUCUCUGGAAAGCCAGAUGAUUUGGCCCGCCAUUUCAACAUGACUGUAACCAAUGUCGUAGAUAUUGCACAAGCGAUGCUGGCACAGAACAGCAGCUCACCUUCCCCGGCCCUCAUGUGGAUGCAGUAA